AUGGAUGUCCUCGGCAGUUCGCAGACCACAGCGGAAGCUGUUUCUUCCUGGGUCGUGUGCUGGCAGCAGGUGCGCUCCUACACCUCUUUCUGCGAGGAGAUUGAGAAGGCCAAAAGAGCAGCAGUCGACUCGCGGAAGAAACUCGCGAGCGAAACCAAAGAUAACCGCCGCCUCUGGUCUUCGCUUUCGCUGUCGCCUUCGGUCUCCACGGGGCCUCCUGUGAGCCCAGCUGCAGCAGCAAAUGGCGGCGCUGCAGCAGCGCCGGACGAGCAGCAGCAGGAGCAGCAGCAGGAGCAGCAGGGAGGCGCUGCGGCUCUGGAGACAGUCAAAAAGGCAACAGAGCAGUUGCUGAGGGGCUACCAACAAGAAAUAGACUCACUAACGAAACGUGCGAAAACGGCAGAGGCCACUUUCUUAGGCCUGCUGCAGCUACUACUGCAGCAGCCAGACUUGAUGGUUAUACUACGUGACCUGGAAGCAAGUGCUGCUUCUGGUGCUGCUGGCCGUCAGGUCGAGGAACUCAAGAAGCAAAUUGAUUUGCAGAAAACAGCAGCAGAAGAGCUCGCAGAGAGAAAUGCAGAGCUCGAGAAAGAGUGCCACGAGCUGGAGGAAGAAAUAAGUAGGGCGAGGGACCAGUCCGUCACAGUGCGCAUGCUUGAGCAGCAGCUGCACCAGCAGCAGCAAAAUUUUCAACAGCAACUUGAAGCAGUGGUGGCAAAGGGAGAGCAAAUGGCCCAACUCAAGAGGGCGGACUCACAUCUUCAGCGCGAAAACGCGGAGAUGGCGCAGCAGCUGCAGACAGCGCAGCAGCAAAUUGCACGCCUGGAGGGAAGGCUGCUGCAGCAGCAGCAGCAGUUUGUUGCUACUCGAGAUGAACUGGAACGGAAGUGUGGAGCCAUUCUUUCAGAAGUUGAAAUGCUGGAAGAGAAGAGGCUGAAACACGAGAAUGACAGACAGACACAGAGCAGCAGCAGUGAUGCAAGCACACUCAAAGCCCUCCAAACUGCCCAAGAACGAAUCAGCCAGCUCUUAGCAGCAGAGAAGGGCCUCGAGGCAGAAAUUCGUAAAGAACAGCAAUUGCGCAUGGAUGCCGAGAAAGCUCACGCGGCAGCCGCUGCACAGGCUGCGAAGAAGGCCGAAGAGAUGAGUUUAAGAGUGAAGCAACUAGAGACAGAACUCCGAGCCAGGCCGACUGCAGAUGAAGUGCGGGAGUUGCGCUCGCACCUACAAGCUGCUUCUUCCACUCUUUCUGCAAAAGAGGCUGAGGCACAGAGGGCGUGCGAGAGCCUGCUAGAGGACAAGAGACGCCUUGCUGCAGAGCUAGCUGCUGCACACCAGGCAGCAGCGGCGGCGAAAGAAGCAGCAGCUGCUGCAAACGCCACGCUUGCAGCACUUAACGUAACGGAGCACGCACACCAUGUAGCUCCAGCCAAACAGUCAUCAGGGUCAUCUCUCCUUGAACAUGAGACAUGGGGCCCCACAGCUGGAAUCCAGGGAAGUCCCGAGCACGAAGGCCAAAAGGCCGAACCCAAAGGUGUUGGGGAGGGAGUGUUCAAGAUAGUUGUAGAGCAACGGGAACUGUACAAGAACAAGCUCAUGGAGACGGAGAAGGAGAGGGACAGGUGGCGCUCUGUCGCUCUCGAGGAGAAAGAGAGACGGGAGGCUCUCGCAGUGGAAAACUACCAGCUUGGCCAGGCCCUGGAGGCUGGGGGAGGGGGGCCUGAAGAGGCUCCGUGGAGGCCAGCAGGAUCCUCAACUUCUGGAGGUAUACGAGGGUACGCAGUGGAUAUUUUGGAGGACAGCGACAGGGAGGUAAUCAGUGAGGAGACGGACAAAAGUGGGCCUCUCCCCCUGGUAACUAGACGAGAAAGCGAUGGCAAAGGCAGGGGACCCCGCAAGAGGAGAGGCCCGUCCGCAUUUGUACGGGGUGUCGCUGCAGUGGCAGAUAGCGUAGCGCGUGCGGCCGCCGAUACUGCACGAAGCAUCUUAGGUCCCAAGGACAGGUCUACCUGCGAUUCCCGGGGGGGCUCGGGACCAAACCUCCUCGUUUUAGAAGGCCCUAAGGAUGGAUUGUCCCGGCGAGAGAGAUUAAAGCAGCAGCAGCAGCAACAGCUGCAGCAGCAGCUGCAGCAGCUGGGUGUCGGGGAACGGGUUGUUGUGAUAUGGGGUCGCAUGCUGCUAUCUUCUCGAGCUACGCGUGUGUUUGCUCUCCUGUAUUUCUCCCUGCUACACUCUUUGGUGUUUUUGGUGCUUUUGUUUGCUGCUGACUGGGCCUCUAAUACAGGGUCAGGAGGGGCCUCUUCAACUACGCAUGCAUACCUUAACUAG